AUGCAUGCUGUGGCGCUCAAGUCUCAUGGCCAUAGUGUUGUGGUUCUUGAGAUGCGAACUGAACAGCAGCUACAAGCCCGAGCUGCAGGCUUGAGCCUAUGGUCAAACGCACAGAAAGUGUUCACAACAUACCUACCUGAUGUUGAGCUUGACGAUAUCGUUUUCCGCAACCCCGCAUUUCCAAUCCUUGACAAGGAUGGUAAGGUCUUGGUUGAAGUGCCGUUCACGGAAGACGUGCGCACCUCGUGCUGGGCUGGCCUUCACGGUCUGCUAUGGAUGGCCUGCGAGAAAGACGUCGAAGGACAUGGGCCUGUCAGCAUGCGCUGUGGAUACCAGGUAUGCGGGCUGACUGAGCAAGCUGACCAUCUCGUGGUGUCAUACAAAGGCGAAGAUGGCAUCGAGGAACAGAUGACGGCUGACAUGGUCGUGGCGGCCGAUGGUGCACGAUCCCAUCUUCGUAGCCUUGUCCUUCCUGAUGUGAAGACCGAUUACGUUGGCUAUGUAGCGUGGCGAUCACAAUUUCCUGAAAAGGAUGCGCCCGAGGAGCUACGUUGUGCGAUAGAGGGCAAGAUGCCUCUUUGCAUGCUCGACGGAAGCUACAUAGUGGUAGCUUCGUUCUUCGGAGGCAAGCUACUGCUGGCCGGCGAGGCGUUCAUUCAGCUUCGCCCACAUCUUGGCGCAAGCUGCGAUAUCGCAGGGUUGUCGGCCAUUACAUUGCCGCGGGUUCUGAGUGGGGAGAUGAGUCUGGAAGAAUGGGAAAAGAAAGUGGCUCAGCACGCUAUGGAGAAAGCGAUCGGAAGCAGGGCCACUGGGAUAUUUGGCAUGACGGGACAGUGGCCGGAAGGCUACACCGCAGAGUCUGCGGCGAAGUUCUCUGAGGAAGUGGCGGCUUGA